CGGCGACCCGGCACUGGGUCCUUAUGGCCAACCAUGAAUUCAGACCCGUGUCCGGGAACGAACCCUGCUGCCCGCUCUCUAAGAGGGCCCAGAUCUGUCUUGGCGUCGGUCUCCUGGUCUUGACGGUCGCCGUGGUGGCGGCCGUGGUGGUCGGAGUCUUGAUGGGGCGCCCGCCGCCCCAGCCCUUGGAGUGGAAGGGGCGAGGGACCACAAAACACUUCCCCGAGAUCGUCCUGGGGCGGUGCCUCAUCUACACGCAACUGGUGCGGCCUGCGAUGAGAGAUGUGGACUGCCACAAGAUAUGGGAAGCAUUCAAAAACGCAUUUCUUUCAAAGAAUCCUUGCAACAUUACGGAAGAGGACUACCAGCCGCUGAUGAAGCUGGCAUCUCAGACUGUACCUUGCAACAAGUCUGUCUUUUGGAGCAAGUCCAGUGAGCUGGCCCAUCAUUACACGCAGAUCCGGAGGGAUAUGUUCACCCUGGAGGACACGCUGCUGGGCUACCUUGCUGAUGAGCUGUCAUGGUGCGGAGACUCCGGCACUUCGGAAAUGAACUAUCAAUCUUGCCCACACCGGAGGAAAGAUUGCCCAAACAACCCUGUGUCAGUAUUCUGGAAACUGGUUUCCUGGAGGUUUGCAGAAGCUGCCUGUGGCGUGGUCCAAGUCGUGCUCAAUGGCUCCGUCAGUAACACCUUUGACAGAAACAGCACUUUCGGAAGUGUGGAAAUCUUCCAUUUGAAUCCAGAAAAGGUUCAUACACUACAGGCCUGGGUGAUGCAUGAUGUCGGAGGAGGUCCCAGUGAAUCAUGCCAGCGUCCCCCCUUAAGUGACCUGAAAUUGAUUAUAAGCAAAAGGAAUAUGACAUUUAUCUGCCAUGAUAACUACAGGGUCAUCAGGUUCAUUCAAUGUGUGCAGAAUCCUGAACAUGCCUCCUGUAGCUGAGCCAUCCAUCAUGGUCAUUUCAGCUCGUUGCUAAAAUGAUUGUCCACUGACACGUGUCACUCAGCAGACUCACUAGUAGAGACGUGAAGAUUUUGGAGGGUCCUCUGUCAUAUCAUCCACACUUAGAGAUGGAACCCUUUUGUCCCAAAGCCUUAGAACAACUUAUGUUAUCACAGUGCUUUUAGGGUGAUCUACUAAUAUUCAAUUUAAAAAAUUAUUGUAUAAAGUUAGAACAAAUGUUUUAUA